CAAUGAGCCCAGAAUCGAACUCGCUGUAGCUCUCAGCAGCAAGACUGGGAGUACAGACUUGCAUCAUGGUGUUCAUUUUACAUUGCGUUGCUCCUUUGCUUGUCUUUAUGUUGCUCGACUCCGUCGGAGCUCAGAGUUGCCCGUCAGGCUGGGAAACCAACAUAGACAGCUGCUACAAGUUUGUGGCUCGAAGUUUGACGGUGAAAGGACUGACUUGGGAGGACGCUGAUAUUAAAUGCCAGUCCUAUGGAGGGCAUUUAGUCAGCAUCGCUAGCCAAGAUGAGCAGAACUUCAUCACUUCCAAAACGAGACAGUUUGUCAAUGAGCAUUUCUGGAUUGGAUACAACGAUCGAGCUAAUGAGAGCUACUUUAACUGGACCGAUGGACUCAAAGGGACGAAUUAUACCAACUGGAGGAAGGGAGAGCCUAAUAAUUUCCUCAAAAGGGAAGACUGCGUGGAAUUGGUGUCCAGCACUGGUUAUUGGAACGAUGAAUAUUGUGCCUAUGAAUAUAGCUAUAUCUGCAAAAGACUCAGAGGAGCUCCUUGGCCAACCCAAGGAACUGUUAUACCUCCAGUAACAUCAGCUCCUAUCUACUGCGGAGCGGGAUGGGAAAGCUAUGGAACAUCUUGUUACAAGUUCUCCACAGUUGUAAAGAUAUGGAGGGAAGCUAAGAAGGAUUGCCGUGAAUCAGGAGGUUAUCUUGUGAAGGUGGAUAAUGCAGAUGAACAACACUAUUUGUCUUACAGACUACGAAUGUUAAACCAGCCUAUGUGGAUUGGCCUUACUGAUCGAGCCGUUGAAGGAACGUACGUUUGGAUCGGUGACAAAUCCCCUGUCAACUACACCAAUUGGUUUCCUGGUGAACCCAACGACUUUAGCGGAAGAGAAGAUUGUGUUCAAAUGUUAAAUGGCUACUGGGGUGGCUUUUGGAAUGAUAACUUUUGCGGUAACCCAAGAACCUACAUUUGCGAGAAACCCUAUGGUAAAAACUUAUGUCCGGCAAAUUGGGUACCCUUUGGUGACUCGUGUCUGCAAUUCAGUACCCACCCCGCUCAGGCUCUAACUUGGAGUAAAGCAAGUGAUUCCUGCAAGAACACCAAAGGGGCUGAAUUGAUAAGUAUUCACAGCCAGGAUGAACAGUCACUCCUGCUUCAAUUACUCAAUGAUUUGAGAGCUUCGAACAUCUGGCUUGGCCUGAAUGACAUUGCUAAAGAAGGGCUGUUUGUUUGGAAUGACAGAUCUGCCCUGGACUACAAGAACUGGUCACCCAGUGAACCAGGAGGUGGUGCUGCCGCUGCUAAUAAAGACUGUGCGGUACUAGUGACUAGUACUGAUAAUGGUACAUGGGCUACAACAAACUGCUCGUACAUGAGAGCAUACGUUUGCAGAAGGAAAAGAGGCUAUGAUCAGUGUAAUUCCCCGCUCGGCAUGGAGAACCUUCAGAUAGCUGACUCUCAGAUCACCGCUAGCAGUUAUAAAGAUUCAAUAUCAAUACCUUCACAAGCGCGUUUGAAAUUGCAGCCGUCUAGCAGUACGUCAGGUGCUUGGUGUGCAAAAAAUAACAAGAAGGAUGAAUAUCUACAAAUUGACCUUGGCCUUAUCAGACAAGUAACGCAUAUUGCAGUCCAAGGCAGACCAAAGUCAAGUGAUUUUGUUAAAACAUUUUAUGUGCGUUACGGAAAUGACGGCCAAACGUUUAUUACCUACGGUGAAAACGCAACGCAAUCUUAUGAGACCCUAAGGGGCAGCACGACCUCAGAUGCUAUCGUCAACAUCAUGCUUUCAGGGACAAUAAACUGUAGGUUUAUUAGGAUCUACCCGUUAGCAUGGAACAAUGCCAUCUGCAUGAGGACUGAAAUAUAUGGAUGUGAAGGCCAAGCUUCUUCGAUUAAAUGCAAAUCAGGAUGGGAAGAAGGACCAGAUAACACGUGUUACCAAUUUAACACCAAUCAACUCAAGAUAUGGGCAGACGCUCGUGCCACAUGUACUAGUCAAAGUGGUGAUUUGUUGAGUAUCGUAACAAACAAUGAGCGGGUCUACAUUGACAACAGGUUAAAAUCUCUAGUCAACUCAGUGGGCUCCCUGUGGAUAGGGUUGAAUGACAGGCAGUCGAACCGAUUAUUUUACUGGAGUGAUCGCAGUCCAUAUGUGGUGACCAGGUGGGAUUCUGGAUAUCCUAAAGACAAAACCAAUGCUAAAUCUUGCGUAGAGCUGGUACCCAGCCGCGCUGCGUGGAGGGAUGUUGACUGUGGACAAUACAAGCCUUUUAUCUGCAAGAAAAAACUAAGUACUCCGCACGCGAAAAAGUAUCCCAAAACAAGUUACUGGAUAAGUGGAACUGACGCCUACUGGCCCUUAGACGCACUUGUCAAUGAAAAAGCCUUGGGUACUACCCCAGCGCAAGUUUUUGGCAAUGUCACUAGAGCAAAUGUUCAACAGAACACCAGAAAUGUCCUACAGUUCGGGAGUUACAAUUCUUAUCUUGCCGCGGGAGACUAUCCAAAUCAGUGUAUUGGCGAUGCUGAUGCAUGUAAUGCUGGUCUAAGUGUGUCGUUGAUCGUAAAUCUUGAUGCUCCUACCUCUACUUGGGGCUCACGCAAAUUCCUGGUGGAUUCCAUUGGAGAUUCGACUUGGGCAACAUCGCGUGGUUUUGCUUUGUACGUCGAGCAAAUGCAGAUAAAAGUAAUGGUUAUGACUACAACGACAAGUUGGUCUGUAUCAGCUCCUAUGAGUAGAGGGGCGUGGCAUCACGUGGUGUUCACCUGGAUUCCGAGUGGAUCGGGGUUGAUACUCUAUAUUGACGGCAAGAAUAAGGGUUCUGACUCUUCAGGUACAACACUCAUUCCAACCCACGGUACAACAAAUAACUUUGCUUUAACAAUAGGAAGCAAAUCAACCGGCAAAACUCAGGGUGUGUUCUUCAUGCGAUCACUUGCAUUUUGGUAUAGAGUCUUGGAUCCUUCAGAAAUCACAGACAUCUUUAUUUCAGAAUUUGGGAAGUGCCGACUCGGUUGGAAAGAAUAUGGUCAGUAUUGUUAUCAGUUCAACAAUGCCAAAAAAAACUGGCCAUCAGCACGUACUCAGUGUCAAAAUCAAGGUGGUGACUUGGUCAGCAUUACUUCCCCAGUCGAGCAGGCCCACAUUACCAUGGAAGUUAGUUACUUUGGCUUGAGCACGUUUGCCUGGAUCGGGUUUCAUGACAGAUCAUUAGAAAGUGUGUGGGAAUGGAGUGAUGGUUCUCCAGCCCGCUUCACAAACUGGUACAACUAUCAGCCUGAUAACUGGUACACGCAUGGAGAGGAUUGUGCUCAUACCUACCAGAGAUUUUAUCGAGUUGGACGCUGGAAUGAUAUCGACUGUGGUACUAACAUGGCCUACAUUUGCAAACGAAAAAAAGAAUACUCUCCUUCUGGAGGAGUAACGCCAACUAUGGGUCCUCGUCAAGUAAUCAUAUGUGAAUGGACUUCAGACAUCCUCAGUUGUCCAACAUCUACUGUGAUAUCAGUCCAAAGUGCUAAUUAUGGCAGGACAGAUCCAGGGCUCUGCGGCAAAAUCAGUGUAACCAACUGUCGCUUGAACGUCACGCAGAGGUUACAACACAUGUGUGAUGGACAAGCUUUUUGUUCGGUUCGACCGACAAAUGCUCUCAUGGGCAAAGAUCCUUGUAGAACUAUAAGAAAGUAUCUUGAUGUGACCUACGUGUGUAAAAAAGGACCCGUGACUACCCCUGGUUGUCCUGAAGGAUGGCUAAGGUAUCCAUCAGGUGCUGCGUGUUUUGGUCUCAUGUUGGAAAAGAAAACUUGGUUUGAAGCGCGAGACUCGUGCAAAAGUUACGGUUCUGUAUUAGCCUCUAUCAGUUUUGAACUAGUUAAUUCACUUGUUACAAGUCUGAUGAUAAAGUCAUGGGACGCUGGUGAUGUAUGGAUCGGCUUCAACGAUAUCGGGCAACGUGGGGUCUAUCGAUGGCUGGAUAACAAGCCCAUUCGAUACACCAAAUGGUUGAAUGGUGAACCAAACGACAGAAACUCUAAUGGUAGUUGUGUACGAGCCACCAUGACGUUGAGUAAUAGAGAUCAGAUGUAUUGGGUAGAUAGUGAUUGCAACCUUAAACUGGCUUAUGUCUGUUAUAAAUUUAGAAGAAAUGUUACAAAACCCACACCUGCACCAACAGUUAUACCGACUACCUCGUGCCCCGCUGGUUGGAAAGCAUAUAAGAUGGGCUGUUACAGACUAUUCAUGCAAACGAGAACAUGGACAGCUGCUCGUGACUCUUGCCGUGCAUACAAGAACACAGCCCUCAUCAGUAUCCAUGAUACUGCAGAGAGCGUAUUUGUGCAGGGAUUGUUGAAUAAUACAGUAAAUGCAUGGAUUGGUCUGAAUGAUCGAGGUCCUAUUGCAGGUCAUGUCUGGGCUGAUGGGAGUCCUGUGGAUUUCACCAAGUGGGGACCAUUAGAGCCUGACAGUCAUUCUGGUCAGCAGCCUUGUGUUGUGGUUAUCGGUACAGGUUACUGGUAUGACGUAGGAUGCUAUUCAACCAGACCUUAUAUUUGCAAAAUGAAGAGGCCUCUCAGACCCCUGACCACAGUACGACCAACACUUGCUCCGACUAAGCCGCCCGCCCCACCUGGUACCUGUGAUUCAGGCUGGAGGUAUUGGCGUCAAAUGUGUUAUCAUUUUAGUAACCAAACCUUGUCAAAUCUUCGAUCAUGGUUCGACGCGAGGACAAUGUGUAGACAAGCAGGGGGAGACCUGGCUAGCAUUCUUAGUGCUGCUGAAAAUGCCUAUAUCUACUCGGUGUUUCGAAAAGAAUAUCGGUAUUAUGGUCUUUGGAUUGGCUUAAGUGAUCUUGGUACGGAAGGUAGUUACGAAUGGAGCGAUGGGCGCCCUUUCUCGUACGCAAACUAUGAUUGGCGGGAACCCAAUAACUACCAAGGACAAGAGGAUUGUUUACACUUGUGGAAGUGGAAUGGAAAAUGGAAUGACAACCUGUGUAGUAGGAGAUUGCCCUUCGUGUGCAAAAAACAUAACAAUACCUACACUCCCCCGUCAACAGUUGCUCCCACACCAGGACCUGCUUUAGGAAGAUGUAAUCCAGGCUGGAUCCACUACGAUAAGAGUUGUUAUAAGUUUAUUGGCUAUGAAACCCAAAACUGGCUCAACGCUAAAGCCAUGUGUGAGAAAGGCACCAAUGACAGUACAUAUGGAGACUUGGUUGCGAUCAACAACCAAUACGAACAGGCAUUUAUCAGUUCCAUGAUGAAGUCUGACUAUAAAUUUAAAUAUGGCUUCUGGAUUGGUCUGAAUGAUCUUCAUACCGAGAAUUUAUUCUCGUGGAUCAAUAACGACAGAGUGACUUACACCAACUGGAAUGCUAGGCAGCCAAUCAAAAACUGGAGGAUGGAUUGCGUCGAUCUGGUGCCUGGUAAUCCAGGGAUGGGUCGAUGGCGAGUUAGGCCUUGCACUUACAGGCUGAGCUAUAUCUGUGAGACUGCUGCACUCCCACUUGGACCAACACCAGUAACUCCAACUCCAAGUCCAGAUUGUCCGGCUCAGUUUACAAAGUAUGGUGAUGCUUGUUACUCCAUGUUUUAUACCAAGCUGACGUGGAGCGAGGCAAGAGAGGUGUGCAGCAAGUACGAGAAUGGGGAUAUCAUCAGCAUCCACAGCUCUUAUGAACAAGCUUACCUGCUUAGAAACAUGAUCAACUUCCCUGGUGACGUAUGGACGGGUCUAACAAGAGAGACCAACUCCCUUGAAUUCAGAUGGUCUGACCGAAGUGUGAAGGAGUACACCCACUGGUCACGUGGACAACCGGGACAGCCUGGGUCGAAACAGACCUGUGUGCAGGCCAGUAAUACAGCGAAUAAUGAUGGACGCUGGAUGGAAGUGGACUGCAAUAAAAAGAAUGGAUUCAUGUGUCGUAUCUAUAAAGGAGAACCGCACGUCACACCAAUAUUACACGGCACCUGUCUCCCUGGUUUCAAGAAGUACGACAAAUUCUGUUACCUGUUUCGUCUGUACUAUAAAACCUCGUGGCCAGAAGCGAGGUUCCGUUGUAACAAGGCAGGCGGAGAUCUCGUCAGUAUUCUGAACCAACAAGAAAAAGACUUCCUUAUUUACCAAACUAAAGAACUACGCUUGCCAAUGCUGCUAUGGACUGGUCUAAAUGAUCGUAUUGUGGAGAGAGGAUACCAGUGGAGUGAUGGGAGCCCUGUGUCAUUUGUAUCCUGGGCCUGGAAACAACCAGAUGACAAUAGAGGCACACAAAACUGUGUUGGCUUCAAUACGAUUCAUGGCAAGUGGUAUGAUGUACCCUGUUCUUGGAGACUGGGUUUCGUGUGUAAAGCCAAACUUGAAUGCUCCCAACCACUUGGUAUGGCCAGUUACAACAUUACAAACGCCCAGCUGACUGCAUCAUCACAACUGAACCCUGCCCAUGCUCCUGGGAUGGGAAGGAUAAAUGGAUCUAGUGGAUGGUGCGCUAAUGCUUCAACAAAUGGCCAAUAUUUUGAGGUUGAUUUUAGGAAUCAAAUGGAAAUAACCAAGAUUUCUAUCAAGGGUAUAACGCUGUUCAAAAUGUCUGCUUUCGUAAGGUCCUUCACUGUGUCGUAUGCCACGUAUAAGAACCAAUGGCAGCCUUAUAAGGUCAAUGGUGCUACCAGGGUAUUUUCAGCCAAUUGGAACUCAAGAACAACAGUAACCCUCGCUGUUGACCCUGCUAUAUCAGCACGUUUCUUAAGGGUACUGCCCCAGGCCUGGGCUGUCAAUAUCUGUGCUCAGUUUGAGUUCUAUGGUUGUGGUUUUGAAUGUCGAAAGACAUUGGGAAUAGGUUCAGGAUUGAUAUAUGACAAACUAAUCAACGCAUCGUCACAACUGGAUGCCGAACAUGGUCCCCUGCAGGUUAGACCAACAAGUGGACAAGGGUGGUGCCCUAAGAUAUUCCGAGGUAACUCUGACCCUAUCACCCCUCUCGUUCAUGUCCUGGCUGAACCAAUCAAAACACAGUACUUCCGUCUAAUGCCGCUGGCUGGGUCGACUGGGGGCAAGUGCCUUCGGUUCGAGUUAUACGGCUGUGCAAGUGGUUGUAAUGACCCUGUUGGUAUGGAGCAAGGCACAAUAGAAGACUCAUGGCUGAAAGCAUCGUCUUUCCUUGACACCCAGCACGAUCCUACGAUGGCUCGACUCAAUGGGGUUUCAGGAUGGUGUGCCGCGAGUAACGACAAAAAUCAGUAUUUACAGAUUGAUCUUGGACAAAUUUACCGUAUCAGACAAGUAGCUACACAGGGAGCCCAAGAUGGAAGUGGUUUUGUUAAGACAUAUUUCUUACGUUACUUCCUGAAGAUAUGGCAAUAUUAUACAUUCCAAGAUAGCAGGACUCUUGUGGCCAAUGCAGACGCUACAUCAGUGGUGGUAACAACGUUCUACUCGCCUCGACGAGCAAGGCUUGUACAGAUCCUACCACAGUCCUGGUCUAAUAAGAUAUGCAUGCGAGUUGAAAUCUAUGGCUGCAUACCAAAUGACAUACCAACAAUACAACCGAGUGGUCAACCCACGGGAAGUCCAAUGCCAACUACGCCUCCUGGAGAUUUGUCAUUUGAGGUAAAAAUGAAAGUUACUAACAUUCCAUGGAAGGAUGGCUACAGCGACAGAACAACUACAGACUUUCAGAAUCUUGCCAAUAAGAUCACCACUGAGGUGUCUGCUUUGUACGAUAAAGGCAAGAAUGACUUGGCAUCGUUGGCCUUUCAAAACGUCAAAAUAAUCAGCUUCAAGAAAGGCAGCGUCGUUGUUGACUUCAACAUCACAUUCUUUGCUGACAUUGCACAAGACAUCGACGUUACUCAAAGAAUUAAAGAAUCUGCUAAGAACGGCUCGAUAGGUAGCCUUACUGUUGAUCCAGAAUCUCUGACCAUCACUAAAUUAGAACAAUCAGGUGGAAAAACCAGCGCACAAAAGAAAGGUGAAGGAAGUGGCCUGUCCGGAGGAGCCAAAGCAGCUAUUGGUAUCGUGGUUGUUCUGGUCAUCGUGUCUGGUCUUUUAGUUCUUGGUUGGUGGUUAAAAAAGAAACACAAGGCUGGAGAUCAAAUCAUGAAGCGCGAGAGCUUUGACAAUCCUAUUCACUUCUCUUCACAAGCGUACGAUAUGGAAGGUUAAGAUAAGUUAGACAUUUAGUUACGUCCCUAGCCUCAUAUGCAUGUCUCUGGAUACAUGUGAGAACCCUUGAUAAUCCUAUCCACUUCUCUGACAAA